AUGGAUGCUGAGGUGGAACAGAUUGAUGCUGCAGCUGCUGGUGUUGUUCUUGUUGUUGCAGUAGUGAAACAAGGGGAAAAUUCAGUAGACUUGGCAAUGCGGAGUAGUUGCAUUGACGGCACGCUGACGGAUUGCGCGUGCUGUCACGUCUUGUUUGACAACUUUGUCAAAAUACAAAAUACCAGAGACAAACAAGAAUUUCCUUUGCAGUUGAAUUUGAUGUUGAAAUUUAUCUUUUUAUGUGUAAUGUAG